UAGAGAGUCUUGCUCUGUUUCUGUGAGAGUGAGUGAGAGAGAGAGAGCAAAGACGACCGAAACAAAGAAACAUGCAGAUUUUCGUGAAAACUCUAACUGGGAAGACCAUCACUCUCGAGGUUGAGAGCAGCGACACCAUCGAUAAUGUCAAAGCCAAGAUCCAGCCAUGUAAUAUACCCUUGUUUUCAGGAUAAGGAAGGCAUCCCUCCUGAUCAACAGAGAUUGAUUUUUGCUGGUAAGCAAUUGGAAGAUGGUAGAACUCUUGCAGAUUAUAACAUCCAAAAGGAGUCAACUCUCCACCUGGUUUUGAGGCUGAGGGGAGGAACUAUGAUUAAGGUGAAGACGCUUACCGGGAAAGAAAUUGAGAUUGAUAUUGAACCGACUGACACCAUUGACCGAAUUAAGGAAAGGGUUGAGGAGAAAGAGGGAAUUCCUCCGGUGCAACAAAGGCUGAUUUAUGCUGGCAAGCAGCUUGGAGAUGAUAAAACUGCUAAAGACUAUAACAUUGAGGGUGGCUCUGUCCUUCAUCUAGUGCUUGCACUACGUGGUGGUAGUCUAUAAAUAGUAUCUUAGUAUUGUACCUAUUGAUGCGUUCAGGCAAACUCUUUCGUGAAGGCUUUAUCGAGUCUUGAUACUCUAAAACAUUUGAGUUGCAUUACAUGGCAGAAAACUUGUUUAAAGUGGGUUAAUCUGGACAUAAGUAUUGGUGUUACAUAUUGCACUUUUACCUUUCUGCUC